AUGCCUUCGGUAGAGAAUGGCCACAAUGAAGACGAACAACAGAAUCCUACCGAAACGGAUAAGGCACCGGCAUCACCUUUAGCUGGAAAAGAAAGAAAAUCUCGAAGUCGCAGCAGAUCUGCCUCUGUCGAAGGUGACGCCAACACUUCCGGACAAACAAGAUCGAGUAAAUCACGCUCAAGAUCACGCUCACCAAACACCACGGCAGAGGAUGGCAAACAGCUGGAUGAGUCAGCCGAAAGAGAACAUUCAAGAAGCCGCAGUCGUAGCGGUAGUCCUGUAAAUAAUGAACGUAAAAGUCGCAGUCGAUCCCGGUCGAAAAGUCGCAGCAGAUCUCGCUCUGCUAGCGGCUCUGCGGGUAGACGUUCACGUAGUGGAUCUCGACGUAGCCGUUCUGGUUCGCGUCGCAGUCGAUCUGGUUCACGGCGUUCUAGAAGUGGUUCAAGACGGAGUCGUUCCGGUAGCAGAUCACGCAGUCGUUCCAGAUCAGGUUCAGCCAAAUCAAGGUCACGGUCACGUUCGGGAUCAAGACGAUCACGUUCAGGAUCUAGAAGAUCUCGAUCUGGAUCGAGAAGAUCUCGCUCUGGUUCGAAAAGGUCACGUUCCCGUUCCAGAUCGCGAUCGGGUUCAAGAAGAUCACGCUCAGGUUCAAGAAGGUCACGCUCAGGCUCCAGAAGAUCUCGAUCAGGUUCCAGGAGAUCUCGUUCCGGUUCGAGGAGAUCUCGCUCUGGAUCGAGAAGGUCACGCUCCGGUUCCAGACGAUCUAGAUCCGGUUCUGGCUCUCGUUCACGCAGUCGUUCUAAAUCAGGCUCACGUUCCAGAUCACGUAGUGGAUCUCGUCGCUCACGCAGCGGAUCCAGGCGUUCACGUUCCGGCUCACGCAGAAGUCGCAGUAGAUCUGGAUCCAGAUCUCGUUCACGAAGUGGCUCUCGCCGAUCAAGGUCCGCAUCUCGACGAUCUCGUUCCGGAUCCCGUUCACGUUCUCGAAGUGUUUCCCGUUCUCGUUCACGCUCGCGUAGUAAAUCUGGCAGCAGGUCACGUUCAGUCUCCAGAUCUAGAUCACGUUCUCGUUCGAGAUCCAGAUCUCGCAGUGGAUCAGAAUCGCCAACAAGCAAGGGAAAGAAGGCACAAAAGCGGGCGGUUCUAAGUGAUUCGGAAGGAGAAGAUGGUCCCGUUUCCACGAAAAAGAAGAAAACAAAAAUCACAGAUACUGACAAUGAAGACGAGGACGAAGAUAAACUAGAGGAAGAAGGCGGUGGUGCUCAGGGUGGUGCCCAAAAAAUGGGCGAUAGUUCAGACGAUGAAAACAUUCCCCUUGAUAGGGACAGAGAAAACGACAAUUUCAUCUCUGACUUCGAUGCCAUGUUAUUGCGUAAAAAGGAAGAGAAACGUACCAAACGCCGUAAACGUGACAUUGAUCUAAUCAAUGACAAUGACGAUCUUAUUGAUCAGCUUAUUAUGAGUAUGAAAAAUGCCUCCGACGAAGAUCGCCAAUUGAAUAUGCAGGGUAAACCGGCAACAAAGAAAAUUUCCAUGCUUAAGACGGUCAUGUCACAGCUCAUUAAAAAGGAUCUGCAAUUGGCCUUUAUGGAACAUAAUAUUCUAAAUGUACUGACUGAUUGGCUAGCACCAUUGCCCAAUAAGAGUUUACCCUGUAUACAGAUUCGUGAAAGCAUUCUUCGUUUAUUAGGAGAUUUCCCGCCAAUUGAUAAAAGUUAUCUAAAACAAUCCGGCAUUGGCAAGGCCGUUAUGUAUUUAUAUAAGCAUCCUAAAGAAACUAAAACCAAUCGUGAUCGUGCUGGUCGUUUAAUAUCCGAAUGGGCAAGACCAAUCUUCAAUCUAACAACAGAUUUUAGAGCCUUGUCUAAGGAGGAACGUCAAGAACGUGAUCGUGUCACAAUCAGGCAGCGUAAGAAAACCCCCGAACCAGAACCCUCAACUUCCAAGAAAAAGAAAGGUAUUAAUUCUGCAUUCGCCAAGGCAGAGGAAGAGAAUACACUGCGUCCUGGUGAUCCUGGUUGGGUUGCCAGAGCCCGAGUACCUCGUCCUUCGGAAAAAGAAUAUGUAAAUCGCCCUAAAUCAACGGUGGAGGGUGAGAUUUCAACAUCGACCAAACGUAAACCAAAUCGUUUUGAGAAACACAUGAAAAAAUUCUUGGAUCAAAAACGAUUGAAAGCCAGUAGUCGUCGUGCUGUUGAAAUUUCCAUUGAAGGUCGUAAAAUGGCCUUGUAAG